AUGGCUUCUAAAUCUAGGCAGUCUUCAGCUCCGACCUCUCUAGAGCUCGCCGCUAUUGAGGAACAAUCUGAGGUCGUGCCGCCUGCAAGGGCUGAGGCCAUUCCUACUUCCACAGAUGUUCUAAGAGAGAGUGCCGAGAUUAUCCCAACUGAGGGUGAGGUUUCUGAGGGUGGAGGUGAAGUUGCCUUGGCGAGCGAGGUUACCCCUGCCAUUGAAACCGAGGCAGCGCCCAGUGGUGGGGACACUUCUAAGGGCGGGGCCAAGUCCAGACCAGCUCCUGCUGCUUUUUGUCCCAAGAGGGCCACUGCCAGCGAUGCUGUUGCUCAAAAAGGGGUUGCUGGCAAGCGAGCUCCUCUUUCGGAGGCUAUACCUGUAGCUCCGACCUCAAAGAAGGCCCGCGAGACCCAACUGCCUACCCCUGCGCUCCCACCUCUGGAGAAAGGGAAAACGCCAGUGGGGCUUCUGUCCUCUGCUCCGGAUAAUGAGGUAUUGAACGCUGAGGAGAUCACCCCCCAGUCCCCUGCGAGCACUGUCGUCGAGCUGCUUCGGGAGAGGAUAUUUGGUGGGGUUACUGAGGCUUCGGACUCGCACCUGCUCGCUCUCACCAACCUUCUAGCCUGCUCUACUCGGGAGCAGAACUCUGUUGACCGCCAAAUCGAGGAGGCUCGUUGCGAGGAAAAUCUUUCGGCCACGAGUGAUGCCCGGGGUCAUCUUGCUGUAGCCCAGGAGCAUCUGAAAACCCUCCAAGGGGAAUUGUCUUAUACCCAAGAUGCUCUCAAGAGGGUUGAUGAGAGGGCAGCUGCAGCAGAGGUUCACCGUGACGAAGCCUUGGAGCAGCUGUCCUCCCUGGUGGAAAUCCAGCGGGAGAGGGACGAGGCUGUGGGCCAAAGAAAUGAGGUCUGGCAUCAGUAUAAGGCGCUGAAGGUAGAUUAUGAUGGGGCUUAG